AUGCUGUUAUUCGAUUCUAUUUUGAGAGUCUAUAAUAGUGUUAUCAGCCCGCCCAUAACACCGAGAAAGAGGGACGAUGCUAUACGCAUCGGCCUCAUUGGGGCAAGUAACAUAGCACCGUUCUCAGUUAUCACACCAGCAAAAUCACACCCCGAUGUCAUUGUUGCCGCCGUGGCUGCGCGCGAUAUAAAACGUGCUGAAGCAUAUGCUCGGAGGUACGGCAUUCCAGUUGCUCACUCUACCUACCAGGCCCUACUCGAAGACCCAUCCAUCGAUGCUGUUUACAUUGCAUUGCCAAAUAGCCACCACUACGAAUGGUCACUCCGCUCAAUACAGGCCGGCAAACAUGUCCUACUAGAAAAGCCGUCCUGCGCCAAUGCCACCGAAGCUAAGAAGCUAUUCAAACAUCGACUAAUAACCGCUCCGAAUGCACCGGUCCUUUUAGAAGCAUUUCACUAUCAGUUCCACCCUGCAUGGCAAACUUUCUUGUCCCAAGUACAUCAAUCCCCUGGGUCCAUCGAAAGUGUUUCGUCUCAGUUCUACCUGCCCCGUCUAGCGUUGGGGAAAGACGAUAUUCGCUUCAAAUACUCGCUUGCGGGGGGUUGUUUGAUGGAUGUCGCAACUUACUGCGUGUCUAGUGUACGUCAAAUACUGGGACGUCAAAUCAGAUUGACCCCAGUCGAGGUUUAUUAUCGUCCUUUGUCGAUAUCGCGCAAUAGCUCGGCAGAAGAACCACAAAUCGAUGAAGGCGUGACAGCAACAUUUCUCACGCCAGACUCCAAAGCCGUUCGAAUCCAGGGAGACCUAGCCUCUGCAGGAGGCUUGUCCUCUUUCUUACCCGCUUCCUGGGCAAAGGUUUUACCAACCCUGCGAUGGCCUACGAGCAAGGCCGUGUUCGAGCCGGUGCUGGUUGAGUCUAUAGCGCAGGAAGAUGGUGUUCCACUUCAACACCUAUCCAAGCGAAGUGUCACGAUCUGGAACCAUAUUUUUCCUUUCAUCUAUCACCGAAUCGAUACAUCGGACCAGCAUACGCUUCUACGCGGUGAAGAGGUCAUCAAAUCCUGGAACGAAACCAGCUAUCAAAAGGCCUACAAUUGGCCCGGUGGAGACAGGCGUGCUGCAGUAUACAAGGACUGGUGGUCUACAUAUCGGUGCCAGUUGGAGGAAUUCAUAAACAAGAUAAAGGGUCGCCAGGGGUCAGCGGUCUGGAUCGAUGGAGAAGAGAGUAUUGCGCAGAUGGAGACUAUUGAUAGGACAUAUGAGAAAGCGGGACUUGAGCCUCGUCCUUCUGGCGAUUUCGAGAUCUAA